AUGGCCGACAUCAUACUGCCUCUGCUAAUAGUGCUCAUCGCUGGAUGGAUUGGAUUACUCGUACAGGUUCCGUUCACAGGCGCUUUGAUUCGAUUCCGAGCAAACUAUACGCCAAAGGGACUCCAACUCGAUAGCGAGGGACAGGCGCAGCCAUAUGUUGGGCCAGUAGUGUCCAACUACUUUGCGAUGCUAAGGCGAAUACUAAGAAUAGAGGGAUGGCCAGGUUUUUGGAAAGGAUAUGUACCAAGCGCCAUAUCGUCGAUUCUCGUGGUUAUAUUCGUUGGAUUUAUAGGGGCCACGAUCCCAAAGACCCCCGGGGCUUCUCAUUCCAUCACCGUCGUCAAUAGCUUCCACCUGAUCCUUUACGCCGCAUUUCUGAGCCUGCUUUCGACCCCAUUCACGAUACUCAUCAAUCGAGCCAUCACGACACCACAUCGACUACCGUGGUUUGGUUUGCGAAAGUCGCUUCGCGUCUUGUUGACACCCUAUGAGCUUCAUCGGCCAUGGAUGCUCUACUUUGAGCCCGGAUUUGGCCUGCUCAUCGCUCGCUCGUUGCACGUUUCCUGGCUCGUCUUUGUCCAACGCGGCGUGCGCCGAAUCCUCUUGCCUUCACUCAACACCGACAUUAUCCUUGACGGCACCGACAACGACGUGUCGGACACAUUCUCCAAGUUGUCCCCAGUCGCACUGGGAUUUUACAUCUUCUUUGUCAUUCUCUCAUCUAUUGCCGUCUUGACACCGCUCGAAGUCAUUUCGGUGCGUCUGUCUGUCCAACGGAACCACUCGGAAGCGGCUGGAUUUGGUCCUGCACCACAAGACGAGGAAGAUCCAGAACUUGAGUAUGCAGGCAGAGAGGAAGAUGUCAUUGCGCUUCGACCAGAGGAGGAUCCAUACGAGGGCUUCCUCCACUGUGCAAAGAGCAUACUGCAAGAAGAGGGACCAGAGACGCUUCUUCGAGGCUGGUGGAUCACACUCCUGGCGUCGCUCGCGGGCGCCUUUUCAUGA